GCUUCUAUCCUCAGACGUCUGAGGAAAAAGGAAUGAAAGGAUAAAGCCGAGGAUAAGCAAAUUCAUCCACUCGCUGCUGCAGCUUCAACUCCUGCAACAACAAUGGAAGCCAAACUCCUCCAUCUCCUCGCUUCAAAACCAGUUGCACCACCCAACCUCGCCCUCGCCCUCGCCAAACCUACCUGUAACCACAUCUUCCCACCCACCCGGCCGCACCAUCUCAGAAUCACUCCUAUCUGCAGUAGCAGUGAUGGUGGCAGCAGUACUAGCCCCGACACUACUGACAGAAACAGCGCGCCAACGCCGACAGACACCGUGGGAAUACGGUUCAAGAAGAGGUCUAGAAAGAAGGCGAAGCAGCAGAGAGAGCAGAGGGAGGGUGAAGGCAGUGGUGAACGGUUCAUCAAGGCUGAAGCUGCUGUUCCGAAGAAGUGGGAGGAAAUGAGCCUGGGGGAACAGGCCUUGGAGCUUUACUUGGGGGAGAAGGGUUUGCUGUAUUGGAUAAACAAGUUUGCUUAUGCUUCCAUCUUCAUUGUUAUCGGAGCUUGGAUUCUCUUCAGGUUCGUCGGGCCAGCGCUUAACCUUUACCAGUUGGACUCGGCUCCUCUUUCUCCUUCUGCCAUCCUCAAGGGUUCCUGAGCUGAGAUUCACAUUUCAUCAAUACAACCACAAACACAAGAAAUGAAGUCAAUCGUCUAAACCCAGUUUCCUUUUCUCUUUUUCCAAAGAGAUUUUGUACUUUUGGUUUUGAUAUGAUGAUCUUAUACCAGACUUUGUUCAAUCUCAAGUGGACGAUUCAAAAUC